GAAGCUACCACGAAAGAAGAAACAAACGUGACCGACUGCAAACUGGGAGUCGCUUCGUCUUCCUACUAUGGUAGCUACGGCCGUGCUCCGCCGCCUCCGCUCCUCGCCACGGCUCCGGCUCGCCUCCACCGCCUACGUCUCGUACGGAAGCGCCAUUGCCGCCGCGUCCAGCGCAUGGUUCAAGCGCGUGCAGGACCCGAACCGCCGCAUUGCGGAGUUGGCCGCGGCCGGGCGCGUCUGCGACGCGCGCAGGCUGUUCGACGGAACGCCAGACCUGGACGUGGUGUCCUGGACAGCGCUGGUAGCGUCGUACGCGCGCCAGGGGAUGCUGCGCGAGGCGCGGGAGCUGUUCGACCGCCCCGACGCGCGCCGGAACGUGGUCACCUGGACGGCGCUCCUCUCCGGCUACGCGCGCACGCGCCGCGUCGACGAGGCCCAGGCGCUGUUCGAGCGGAUGCCCGAGAGAAACGUCGUUUCCUGGAACACGAUGCUGGAGGCGUACGCCAUGGCAGGCCGCGUGGGUGAUGCCUGCUUGCUGUUCGAUCGCAUGCCGGUGAGGGAUGCCGGCUCUUGGAACAUUCUGCUGGCUGCGCUGGUGCGGUCUGGGAGUGUGGAAAAAGCGCGCAAGCUGUUUGAUAGAAUGCCCGAGAGGGAUGUGAUGGCAUGGACUACAAUGGUUGCUGGCAUUGCACGGAAUGGGAAUGUUGAUGAGGCUCGAGUGCUGUUUGAUGGCAUGCCAGAGAGGAAUGUGGUUUCUUGGAAUGCCAUGAUCUCUGGGUACACACGAAACAAGAGGAUUGAUGAAGCGCUUGAUUUGUUCGUGAAGAUGCCCAUGAGGGAUAUUGCUUCGUGGAACAUUAUGAUUACCGGUUUUAUCCAGAACAAAGAUUUGAAGAGAGCAAGAGAACUUUUCAAUGAGAUGCCUAAUAGGAAUGUGGUCACUUGGACUACCAUGAUGAAUGGGUACUUGCAAGGCAUGCAGAGUGAACUGGCAUUGAAAUUAUUUAGUGGUAUGCUUAUAGCAGGUAUAAGACCAAAUCAAGUUACAUUUUUGGGUGCUCUUGAUGCAUGCAGCAAUCUCGCGGCACUCUGUGAAGGGCAGCAGGUGCAUCAGAUGAUAUGUAAAACAGAAUUUCAGUUUGAUACUUUUGUCGAGUCCACCUUGAUGAAUGUAUAUGCCAAGUGUGGUGAAAUCAGGUUGGCAAGAAAGGUGUUUGAUCUUUCAAGGGAGAAGGACUUGGUCUCUUGGAAUGGGAUUAUUGCGGCAUAUGCACAUCAUGGGGUUGGCAUAGAAGCAAUACGUUUGUAUGAAAAGAUGCAAGAAAAUGGAUAUAAGCCUAAUGAUGUCACCUACGUGGUGUUGCUCUCAGCAUGCAGCCACUCCGGUUUGGUUGACGAAGGGCUUAAGAUAUUUGAAUCCAUGGUAAAAGAUAGGUCCACUGUAUUGCGGGAUGAACAUUACACUUGCUUGAUUGAUAUUUGUAGCCGAGCAGGACGACUUGAUGAUGCCAAAAGAUUAAUUCAGUGGCUUAAGAUUAAACCUACGUCAGGUUCUGUUUGGAGUGCCCUUCUAGGUGGGUGUAAUGCACAUGGAAAUGAAAGCAUUGGUAAUUUGGCAGCUAGAAAUCUCUUAGAGGCAGAACCAGAUAAUGCUGGAACCUAUACUCUCCUGUCCAACAUCUAUGCCUCUGCUGGUAAGUGGAAAGAAGCAGCAGAAAUCAGGUCAGAGAUGAAUAAUCGAGGACUAAAGAAACAACCAGGUUGUAGUUGGAUUGAGGUGGCGAAUAGGGUUCAUGUAUUUGUGUCACGUGAUAAGUCCCACAGUGAGUCUGAUGUGAUCAAUGGUGUGCUGCAAGAUGUCCAUCACAUAAUGAGGCUUGCUGGAACUGUUCCCAGGGACCAUGUGCUUGUUGAUGAGGAGCUAGUGGCUAUUUAAUUACAAUCUGAAAUAGUUUGAAUUAAAUUGUGAGAUUUAGUCAAACAAAUUGUCUUCCAGCAUUCUACCUGAGAGCUAGCCUGACCUCCAUACCAUGGCAUUAUGCAUGAGGCAAAAACAGCCCUUGCCCUAUUGUAGUAUUAUUUGUCAGUAGUAUUCUCUACAAUGCCAAUAUCUUCAACGACUCAACUUCUUAUCAGCGUCAGAGGCCUCUGAGCUUGAUCAAUUCUCGAUCCUGUUUAUCUUGCUCACAUUGCGAUAUUCGACAGCACCUGCUUUCCUAGGGCUCUCAAGCUCUGCAGUUGACGAAACAACUUUUGAAACAUUUCCGAAAGGCGUCCCCGAAGGACUCUGUGGCCGCAAAGAGUCCAGGAACACUGGAGGAGUUGCUCUGGAGUUGUAGAUGAGAUGACGGGUUCAUGUGCCACAUUUCAUGGCACUCAAUACAUAUGAUUUGGCACUUGUUUGAAAACUUGAGAUUCCUCUGUAAA